GUAAUUUUUAUCAUCAGCUACCACUAAAAAGUUAGUAUUGCAGAGUAGGUGUAAAUAUUUAAAGGUGAAACCCUGUUUUUGGGAUAAUACUCUAACCUUCUUUUUUUUUUUUUUUUUUCCUUUUUAAAUAGCUUUUUAAUUCCUCCAAACACGAGAAUCUAAUUUCCUACAUUUUUAAGGAAAAAAAAAUUCGCAUAAUAUUUCAGUGUUGUAUACCGUCACUGCUUUGGACUCUCAGAAAGGAGAGAGGCGUUUUCUUUUAGGAACAUAAAGCUGUCUUCUUUCUUGUGAAACCACAAACCAAGCAAAAGCAAAGACUACUAAUCAACAUCUUUUGGACUACAACAGUUUAUUUAAUUUGCAGAGAAAUUUUGGCUUCAGCUUAUAAUAAUAAUAAGGAUAUAAACACAAUAUGCCGGAGAAAGGAGACCAGUCAUGGCUUCUCCGGUCAAAGUCCUUUGCUUCAUGGAGGUUUCAUGUACUAACAGCUCUUGUUUUUGUUGGUAUGGUUGCUGUUUGGAGCAUAGAUGGCUGCACUAUAAAGAAUUUUAUUCAGUCUUGGAGGUUUAACCAAGAAUUUCUAGGCAGGAAAUUUAAUGCACAAGCCACAAAACCCACAAAUCUAACCCGACAAAUCCAUCAAAAUUUCACAAACAGUUUAAACAACACCUAUAUCCCAUUACCCCAUAACAAUGGCAGCAACAAUCCUCCUAGUUACAGUAUAGUAACCAGCAACAAUUACAAUGUUGCUGCUCUUAACCAUUCAGAUGGGUCUCUAGAAAAUCCAAGUGAGAAAGAAUCACAAGAAGCUAAUAUGGAGUGGCUAUCAACUGAUUUAGAUCCAAAUUUAACUUCAAAUCUUCUUUCUCAGUGGCUAGCGCCUGGAGGUGAGCCGUGUAGAGAUUCACGUACGGCGGAGAUUGUGAUUCCUGGAUUGAACGGUCGAGACUCGAUAGAAUUGACAGCAGGGAAUGUUCAUGAAUUUGGUUUCGAAGCAGUUGAUGAGUCCAAAAAUCCCCGCUGUUUAGGUGGGGAUUACUUUGAGUCUGAUCUUUCGGGGGAGGCAUGGAAGUCUAGGCCUUUAAUUAAAGAUUUUGGAAAUGGAUCUUACUCGAUUUCGCUUCAAGUUCAUCCUGAUUUUGCUGGUGAUUAUAAUCUUACUGUUAUUUUGCUUUUCAGGCAUUUUGAAGGUCUUAAAUUUUCAACUUCUCGAUUUGUUUAUGAUAAAGAAUUGCGUAAGGUGAAAAUCAGGUUUGUUAAAGCUCAUUAUGAGUUGCCACAGUUACAACUUUGUGAAAGAUCUGAUUUCAAUAAAAAUCUUUGGAUAGGGAGGUGGACUAGGCAUGGCAGGAAUGAUGGCUGUGAAAUCAGUAAUGAUGGGCGGUAUAGGUGCCUACCAUCAAAUUUUCCAUGCCAAAAUCCAUGGUGUAAUGGUUCUCUAGGCCUGUUAGAGAGUAAUGGUUGGGUUUAUUCUAGUCAUUGUUCAUUUAGGCUGUUUGUAGCUGAUUCUGCUUGGAAUUGCUUAAAGAAUAGGUGGAUUUUCUUCUGGGGCGAUUCGAAUCAUGUCGAUACAAUACGAAACAUUCUUAAUUUUCUUUUAGAUCUGCCUGAAAUAAAAUCUGUUCCUAGAAGGUUUGAUAUGAAUUUUUCAAACCCUAAUGAUGCAUCUCAAUCAGUUAGAAUUACUAGCAUUUUCAAUGGUCACUGGAAUGAGACACAGAAUUAUCAGGGAUUGAAUUCUUUGAAAGAUGAAGGAUUUAGAAAUUUGUUGAAGAAGUACUUCUUAGAAGACAAUGUGCCAGACACUAUAAUCAUGAAUUCUGGUUUACAUGAUGGCAUAUUUUGGUCUAAUGUUAGGAAAUUUUCAGCUGGAGCUGAUUAUGCAGUUUCAUUCUGGAAAGAAGUUAUGGAUUCUGUGAAGCAGAGGGGACUAGUAGCUCCUCAAAUCUUUUAUCGAACCACAAUUGCCACUGGGGGAUACGCCAGAGCACUAUCCUUCAACCCAAACAAGAUGGAGGCAUUUAACUGGAUAGUGUUGGAUAAAUUUAGGCGAGCCGAACUCCUUUCGGGGGUGAUUGAUAACUUUGAUAUGACUUUUCCAUGGCAUUAUGACAAUCGGUGCAAUGAUGGGGUGCAUUAUGGCAGAGCUCCGGCUAAGAUGAAAUGGAGAGAUGGUGAAAUUGGGCAUCAGUAUUUUGUGGACCUGAUGUUAGGUCAUGUGUUGCUCAACGCUUUAUGUGUGAGAUAACAAAAGAAGACAGCUUUUUGAACUGGUUACUGCCAUGAAAAUGGAAGCUAAGUUGGAAUCUGCUAUUGAUGUGGGUUAGAGGAAUCCUAAUAAGUUUCACUCGUUGGUAUUUUUCAUUUUAACUAGAAUCGGCAUUCUUUAUUUGUUUAUAUUGUACUACCAUAUAUGGUUUUUGACACUUGUAUAUUGGUAUAAAGAGCUUCUUCAAUUUAUAAUUUCUUGUUGUAAUUAUUGCCCAGGUUGUGGGGUAAGCUCACUAUAACCUAUUAUUUCAGAUGAACUGCUGCUUCAUUUGACUGGUUUCUGCAUGUAUUUCAUUGGAACAUGUCAAAAUGUAUUACUGCCACUCAUUAACUUGA